UAGAUUAACAGUAGGUGGUUAAAUUAGUUACAGCGUUUAUAAGCUUUAAAUAUUUUGUAGAGUGAUCUGAUAUUUGACAAAGAUGAAAACCAAAGGAUGUUUGCUAUUUCUUCAGUUGCUAAUAUUUUUGAAUAUGCACCUGUGUGUCAAAGCAAUGAAAACUGAAGGAUGCCUUGUUUUUCUUUACCUGUUAAUGUCUUUAAACACUCACUUAUGUGACAAAGAUGAACUUGGACCCUUUGUCUCAAAAGAAAAAGCGGCAUCGUACCUCCAAGGAAGAUCUAAACGUGUCAAACGAGGCAUCAAUGAAGAAUGUAGCGAAUCAGGAGGUUGCUCUUACGAAGAGAUAAGGGAAAUUGGCGUCAGUGACGUGUGUGCGUGGAUGAAAAACAGAUUAUGCAAUCAGCUUUACUGUGCACCUGGAUAUAUAUGUGUCACAACUCUCAAGGACUGUAGCAAACUGCACAGAUACAGAGUAGGUUGUGAAGAAAUAGACGAGUGCGCAAGCAAUCCUUGUCAAAAUGGCGGAACGUGUUUCGAUAAUAUCAACAGCUUUUCCUGUUCCUGUCCUGAGCAUGUCCAUGGAACAAUGUGUGAAAAUGAGUAUCCAAAGCUUUCACGUUCACCUCUAUCGUCGACCUGUUCUUGCUAUGGAACAAAUUGUGGAAUAGGCUCUUUUGUCGGACAGCGGAUGUGUACUAAGGUUGACAUCCUUUUCUUGAUCGACGACUCCAGCAGUGUUUCAUAUUCAGGAUUCACGUACGCUAAAAGUGUUGCAGCCAAAUUGGUAGAUUGUCUUACGAUUGGACCCGAUGACGUGAGAGUUGGAAUGAUGACGUUUGGUUCAACUAUUUCGACACGAUUUACUUUUAGUCAGUUUUUUGACAAAAAUCAGAUAAAGUCUUCAAUCAUUGGAUCAUCAUAUCGAGGUGAUAUAAGAACAUACACUUAUAUACCUCUACAGAAUGCUUUACAUUUGAUGACGUCAAACCAAGCAGACACACUUGAUAUAGUAAUAGUUUUAACUGACGGAAAAUCAAAUAACGAUGUCGUGUAUGCAUCGCAAGCACUUCAUUCGGCUGGUGUAUAUACGUUUGCAAUGGGAAUCGGAGCCGUUAUAGACUCGAACAAUCUACAGACGAUUGCAAGAAACCCAAAUACAGACUACCACGUAUCAACAAACGAUUACACUGAUCUUCACAGAAAGGUUUCAAAACUAAUUAACGGUCUUUGUACAGGUUACUCUCCGCCGGAAAUACUCACGUGCGAAAUGGAAAUCCAAGACAGUUUUGGUGAAAAAGUUCAUUCUCCUACCAUUGGUUCAUCGCACUGCCUUAACCAACAGCAUUUUUACGGAAAAUAUCAACCCGAAUUUAUAUUUACUGACGUGAUGAUAGACGGUGAAAAUAAAGGAUUUCGACCAACGCUAGCCUAUUCAGAUUUUCAUUUUGGUGUUGCUACCGCUCACGUUGAGUUACUUAAAAAAUUAAAAUCAGGUACAGACAUAGCUAUAAGCAGGCAUGCUAUAAAGAUUUCCAGUGAUUAUCAACGCCUUUUUUCUAGAUUGGUCAACCUGACAAAUUCUGUCAAGUUUUCUGACAGUGAAAGGUUGUGUUUGAAGUAUGAUACAGAAGUUGGCGGAAAUGUAAUGUUCGAGUCAAAGACCUAUCACUAUGGAAGAUCAUCAGCCCAGAGGACCCUUUGUUACUUCUAUGACGACCAAGCUCCGCGUCAUUGUUCAGACUUGGGGACAUGCACAUAUUCUCCACUUCAACUUUCUGUUGAUAUAACCAAUGCUUCAACUUUAUCAGUGUCAUUUACUGGUUGGUCAGAUGUAGAUAUUGAUGGAACAUCUUCAAUAUUUGCUUCAGGAAUAAGUCAUUUGGAAAUAACUCUUCAUGAAAUGGAAUAUAGCAAUGGUAUCCUUAAAAUGAAACAUAAUUCGAAAAUCCCUAAGACGGUUUGCCACAACUGCAGCAGUUUUGUUAUAAACAUUACACAUACAGAUGACCCUAUUCUCUAUGGCGUUGUAGUAGAAGUAGUGGACGUCGCUCUUAACCCAAGACAGGCUCGAAGAUUUGUUCUAUAUGAUGCAUCAUCUCAAAUGAAAAUACACAAACAUUAUGACUUGCGUGUAACAUCAGCAUCUGCAAAAACAAAUUUUCUCUGGCAAACUGACCACGGCAGCUUGUGCUAUAACUGGACCAAUAGAUAUUAUAAUAAUAAAUUUGUGCAUUACAAUCCUCUUAGUCCCAUUGAUGCUGGCGUACACAACCAUUUUACUGGGGUGUAUGAACAGACAACAGGUAAAUUCCCAGUGACGGGAACAGCAAAUAUUCACGGCAUUACAAGCUUUCGUUAUACGAUACAAAAAGAUCUGAUAGAUAUGGUUAGUGACCAGUUAACACCAAAUUUUCCCGAGGAAAAUAUUUGUGUCCCAGUUUCUGGUGUAAAUGAUGGGAACACGAUAACUUUUAGAAUUAGCGCCAAUGACAUUAUUGGUCAUGAAAUUAAGGAAAGUGUUGUUCAUCACAUUGAUUCCUCCCCACCAGAAAUUAGCAAUGCGUGGUUAAUACGUGACGGUAUAAGAGAAAUAUUUGUUCAUAAUAUGAAGGACCUAUCUGCUAUGAAAUUACAGUUCAAGGCAUUUGAUGUUCACAGUGGAUUAGUCAGUGUGCAUUGGUCCAUACGAAAUGAAGACGACAAUACUGUAUUUGGAAAUGGGGCUCUUGGCGUAUAUUCCAUUGCAAAUUGUGCCAUCAGUAAACACUGCUAUUGUCCCUCAAUAGGGGAGUGCCAAUUAAUGAAUUACACUCUUGUCAUGAAUUCCCUGGUUGUAAAUGACACGCAUAUUGGAGAACAUCAUAGAAAAUACGUAAUCGAGUUAGAGGUAGUAAAUCAUGCUGCACUACGAACUACAGAAAGCGUUACCAUUCUUGUUGACGAAUCAGCACCAGAAAUGGGUGUUGUUCGAGAAGGGAGUCAAGGUUCCUCUGAUAUCGAUUAUAUUUCCAAACCAAACAUUACCAUUUCUUGGAGAGGAUUUAUAGAUCACGAGAGUGGUAUAAAAUUUUAUCGACUAGGACUUUCUAAUUCCUGUCUGAGCUUAGAAGAGUUAUGGCACCCCAAUAGUUCAAACGUUGAGUACCAUGACACAGAGGAGUUGAGUAUGCAUGUAUUAAUAUCAUCAGAGGAAAAAAUGUAUUCGUCAGUAAUUGCUUUCAAUAACGCUAUGGAGCCCUCCAAAGUAGGAUGUAGCGAUGGUAUACUUGUGGACAGGACUCCACCAAUUAUUUCAAAUGUUUCGAUUAAAAAUCUAAGAAUAAACCCGUCUAUUGGUUGUGCAGACGGUUCAUUUUGGUAUGUGAACGAGGAUUUAAUAAAGACAAAAGUAGCAUGCAAUAGUACAUGCAGUUCAAACGACCCACUGAUAAAUGUCUUACCAGAAAACCCAAUUAAAAGUAAAACUACUAAAGACGUCUGUUUGUUGCCUGCCUUCACAAAUGAGUAUCUUUAUAUUGGAAACGAUUUGUUGGAUAUUUCAUGGAAUAUAAGUGAUAUUGAAAGUCAAAUUCAAGAAGUUUUUAUUGGAAUUGGUUCUUCACAAUCUUCUAUUUCAUCACCUGAUAUUUCCGGAUAUUCCAAAACUCACCACAAUACGUUCUAUCGUCUUCGACAUUCUGGAUUAGGUGGAAAUGGUAUUGUAUUUGUUUUCAUCAAAGCCGUUAAUAAAGCGAAUAAAGAGACGGCUGUGGCAAUUGGGCCAAUUAUUGUUGACGAAACUCCGCCGUUAUGCCUCAAACCAACAACAGAUUUAACAAAGGACUCGGUAAUCGUAUCUUGGUCUACUGACGACUUUGAAGAUAAUCAACAAAUUGGAAACCUAAAGACAAUCUACUACAGGCUUGUUUCCAAAGGUUCAAUGGUAAGGACCGACUUUGCAAAAUGGACAAACCAUAGUUUAUGCUCUAAUGGACGCUAUUGCGUCACGUUCCCCUUAUCUCAAAUCCAGCAUAUCGAUAUGGGAAGUGGGCGGGUUUAUCAAGUUGAGUUUCACGCCUACAACGAAGCAGGACAUUUUUGCGAUAUCCUCUCUCAGGAUAUUAUUCUUCCUUCUCCUUUUCGUCCAACACGAGGAAUGGUAUAUGAUGUUGAUGUUGUUACAAGUGAGGAAGAUGCUUAUGUAGAAGAUAUUGAUGCUUCUUUUACAUUGGAUUCCUUCUGUGUAUACUUGAAAGGCAUACAUCACUUGGAAUCUCUUAUUUAUGAACUAGGAGUUGGACUUAGUAAAGCAAAUGAUGAUGUAAUAUCAUUGCAUCGUGUAAAUGGGUCAUUCUUUAACAAUGGUGCAUAUUUUUGUGAAAACACUUCAAAGUUAAAACCAUAUCAGAAAUAGUUUGUCUUAUUGAAAGGGUCUAGUUCCGGAGGAAGUAUUACUUUAUCAAGUGAUGGUUUUGUAAAAAUAAACAAAAAGGAUUUCGAAAAUUUACUGAAAAUUAAUGAUGGUCCAGGGUGUACAUCAACAAAUCUGGUCUUGCAAGAAAAUCUUGUUCUAAGUGGCACAAAUGUUAUCCUAAACACAUCAUUGCCCCUCGUUAUUGGAUCUGUCUAUACGGCAUUUGUAAAUGCAUCAGCUGAUAUAAUUUCAAUAAAAGGAGAAGAGGCUUCCAUCAUUUCAAAAUCGGACAACUCAUUCACAUUUAUGCCACUUAGUCAUUUGCCAGUGUUUACUAUUUCUGUCAGUUUGACAGACUUAAAAUCUAACGUUGUUGACUUAUUCAGAUGUGAGGAAGACGUGGAUAUACAAGAUCAGUUUACAGAUAUUGGUGCCAAUCUGUUUAUAAAUUCAACUUUGGACCAUCAUAUAAGCCAUUACGAACUAUCGUUAAUGUCAUGUGGAAGUUCAAUGAACGGAGUAUGCAAUUCAGUUAUUUCAAAACGCGUUGGAAAACAAAAACAUUACAUGUUCACGGAAGUGCAUAAUAUUCUUACAGAGGGAUAUUACAAAAUUUUGCUUCGUUUAUGCUUCCGGAGCAAAUGUUUUCCUGGUGGAUAUUCAGACGGGUUUUAUCUUGAAUCGACUGACCCAGAGUUUGGAAGCUUUUCAGCUGAGCUGGAUUCAGAUAGCGAAGAAUGUGUUGAUAUUCAAUUGCACUUCCAAGAGUUUCGUUGUUCAUAUCCUUUGGAUACCUUUGCAAAGUUUUAUAGAUGGGCGAUAUUCACCGAUGGUGACACAGAUGGAUCGAUACAAUUAACUGACUACAAAAUACAAAUCAACAACACAAGAGAAAUAAGAACAUGUAUAAGCAUGCCUGGUCAUCCACAUCGAGCCUUGCGUGCCUGUUUGGAAGGUUACUGUAGGUCAGGGAAAGUAUCUAAGACGUGUACUUUUAUCAACGUUAUACAGGAUCCGAACUAUUAUAACAAACGGGUUGUUUAUGACCUGGAUGCCCGGUCGGAAUUUUUUUCUGCCUUGGAUGCUUAUAAAUAUACCAGAAAUAUCGGAAACAAGCUAAAAGAAUUGCACACCAACGAAAUAAAUUAUAGAACACAGUUCUUCCGACCAGGUGCCUUUAUUAUCGGUUUAGGGAAAACGAUAAAUGUUUGGUGUAUCUCCAAAUCUGCCCGUGUUCCUAUGCGAUGUGAGGAGGACGACUCGUGUUUAGAAUUAAAGAGAGAAACAGGUGGCCUAGUGAAAUUUUCGUCCAAAUUACCCAUGGAAUAUAAUACUAUGUAUUACAUUUGUGUCAACAUUACAUCUAAUGUAAGUAGCAGUCAGUGCAGCAAUGGCUUCAUAAUUGAUCGGGAUCCACCCUCAAAGGGAGAAGUAUAUAUUAAAACAAAAAAGAACGGAUACAUAACAGAUGAUUCUCGACUUGAUAUACACUUGCAUGGGUUUACCGACGAUAACAAAUUCAGAAAUCUGGGAUAUCCAUCAAGCAUUCAAUUCUACGAAAUUGCAAUUGGUACCAAGAAGGAAACUGGUGACGUAUUAACAUUUCAGAACAUUGGAUUGUUAUCGGCAAUAUCAAUUUCAAACACAUCUUUGGUUGGAGGGACCUCUUAUUACUUUUCCGUUAAAGCUCACGACCAUGCUGGCAAUUUCAUGACUGGAUCGUCAAAACCAUAUAUUUUUGAUAAAACGCCACCGACCCAUGGAGAUGUUUACGUUGGUUAUUACCUUAAUCAUAAAUCCUAUGUAAAACCAAGUAGACUUUUAGUUCAAUGUAUUGGUUUUCUUGAUCAUGAAAGUGGCAUUGAAAAGUUUGAGAUCGGAGUAGGAAGCACAAAAGAGUCGGCUGACGUAUUUCCGUUGUUUGACCAUCACUACACGAAUACACCAAUUGAAGUACCAGCACAUAAUAUUUUAUUUGACGGUCAUGUAUAUUACAUCAUAGUUGUGGUGUGGAAUUAUGCUGGUUUAUCUACGUCUGGGUUUUCUAACCCAUUUAUUUUCGAUAGUUCACCACCAGAAAAAGGCGUCGUAAGAGAGGGGCAUGCUCACAAUCAGAGAGACGAAGAUUACACAACCGAUUCAACAGUACAUAUUCAUUGGACGGAAUUUGUAGACAAGCAUUCACCAAUAGACUACUACAGAAUCGGUCUUGGCUCCGGAGUUGGUCUAUUAGAUAUACAUAAUUUUAUCUAUAUCGGUAAAAAACAAGAGUGGACAUGGACAUUGUCUUUUAUCCCGGGAAAACGAUAUUUCUCGACAGUGGAAGGUUGUAACAUGGCUGGAUUGUGUAGCCAGACUUCUUCCAAUGGUAUUGUUAUUGACUCUUCUCCCCCUGUUCCGGGCUUCGUUUCUAUUGGAGCCGAAAAUGUCAAAUACAUCCCACAAAGAUCAUCCUUGGCUCUGGAAUGGGGAAAUUUUGCCGACAUUCAAUCUGGAAUAGUGCAUUAUGAGAUUUGUGUUGGAACUAGUAAACUUAAUUGCAACAUACUGCGGUGGAAAAAUGUCCGACUAGAACAGACUGCUUUGUUGUUGAACUUAGCUUUACCAACUAACCAAGACUUAUACGCCGUCGUAAAGGCCACAAAUAGGGUUGGUCUUUCAACGCGACAAACUUCUCACAGUUUUAGAGUGGAUGAUACUCCACCUACAGUUACUAAAUUACCGAUAUUCAUAAGCAGUGAAGAUGCUUCAUCAAUAUAUGAUUCAUCUGUUGUACGAGUUGAGUGGGGAUUUGAUGAUAAAGAAAGUCCGAUUAAGAUGACUCUGCUUUCCUUAAGGCUUCAAGAUGGAGCUCAUUCAGAAAUUGAUAACAUAGUUGUAAACAGUAAGGACAUGUUUGUAAAGUCCCUUAGUUCGAAGGAGUGGUUAAAGGACGGGGACAGUUAUUAUGUUGUUGUAACUUCCUGUAACAUGGCCGGGUUGUGCGAGUCGAUCAAAAGUGAAACCGUUGUGUUUGAUGGAACACCGCCAAUACAUGGACAUGUGCUUGAUGGAGGAACGUGGUCAAAUGCAAACUCUACAAUAAUAUUAAAGUGGAAAAGUUAUGAUGAUCCCGACUCUGGAAUCAGUUCGUAUUUCAUAACUAUUGGGAAAACCCACAAUGGCAUGGAGAUCAGUAGGGGUAUAGUCAAUGUAGUACACAAUGGCGAUGAAAAGUCAAUACAGACUGGUGUCUUCAACAUUUCGCAAUUGAUUAAAUCUGGAGACAAAAUUGUUUUUUCUAUAUGGGCAAGAAAUAAGGCGAGUUUGAACGGAACAAUAAGGAGACUAACUUUUAUCGCAGUUUCCAAUGAUCAAAACAACACUGGCGGUAACCUUAUAGUUGAAAGACAUUCGUGUAGUGUAUCUUAUUGUACGAAUGAAUGCACAUGCACAAUACUUGGUGGGAAAUGCAAUCAUAUUCAAAAUACACACGAAUGCACACAAUCAAACAAUUCACAGAUGUCGGUCAACUCUAAAAUAGCAUUACGUAUCUUGGGAUCACCUUCUGAUGACUGGACAUCUUCAACUCGCUGUUUGGGUGUUGAAUGGCAUUCGCAAAAUAUAACUGUAUUAAGGUACGAAUGGAGCAUUGGUUAAAAUCAUAUGCCUUAUGGUUAUGGAAUAUUUGAUACCACAAUCGAGCAAAUUUGGCAUGAUAUCAGCUUACAAACUCGCGUUGCCUACUGCUUACCAAAAAAGAGACAACUUCUAAACGGACGACAGUAUGUUGCAUACCUAAGGACUUGGGUUACGGAAAAUGAAUAUAUUUUAACACAAUCAAAACCAAUUAUAAUCGACACAACACGGCCAAGCAUUCGUAGGGGAAGGUUUAUAAUUGAUUCAGACGCAGAGUGUAUACGUGACAAGGAAUUUGCAAACAAUAAAGCCUUAAAAACAUGUUGGAAAGGCGUUUUUGCUGAUGAACAGUCAGGAAUAAAAGAAUUCAGAAUGAUGAUUGGUGUGUCUCCCGGAGGACAUGAAAUCUCUGGAAUUCAAAGUGUAGGACUGGCAACAAAUUUUUCUUGGAAUUUUCCUGAUCUAGAGCCAGGAGUAAAAUAUUAUUCUUCGGUUGAAGCUGUUAAUUUUGUUGGUCAGUCCACUAAACUUACUUCAGACGGUAUCACUAUUGACUCUACCCCUCCGGACUCUGGAAUUGUGUUUACAACUAAUUUUUUUUCAUAAUGAAAGGUGGCUUAAGGAAACGUCAGCGAUAAGUGCCUCCUGGGAAGGGUUUACUGAUUUUGAAUCAUCUAUAGAUCAUUACAUUCUUUCAGUUAUAGAUGCUGACCAAAAUGUUAUUGUACAAGACCUCAAUGUAGGGUUUUUAAACAAAUACACUAUAACGGAUCUUUUACUCAUUCAUGGGAUGAGCUACUUCAUAAAUGUGAGAGCAGUUGAUAUGGCAGGACACAUCAGUAAUAUUUCUAGAUCUGAAGCCAUCACUGUUGAUAAGACCAUGCCGGAAGGAAUAUUAUGCAAAACGUUUUUGGAACACUCAAACGUAACGACAAAAAUUUUAACAAAUCAUAAACAAGUGAUAAAAGAUGUUUUUCGAUUGAAUCACUCUACACUGUAUAAAGUUGUAAUCGAUGGAGAAUUAGAUAUAGAUAUACACGAUAUGGUAAUAGAUAUUGAUGGAAAUCUAUAUGAGGUGGCUUUAAACGAACAAUCCUCUGAAAUAUCAUUUAUGUCGAAAACAUCAACAUCAGACAUGGGUGUCUACGUUAAUUCUCCGCAAAACCAGAGCUUAUCAUUAAGAAUUACUAUGUUGGAAUGUAAAGUUUCAGAGAUUGGUGAUAUUGAAGCAUUAGUUGUUCGACAAAUUUCUCCAAACUUUUUGACGAUUGCCGCAAAUGUUAUGGAUAAAGAAAGUGAAAUACGACACGUAGAGAUGUAUUUUGGAACUCACUCAAGGGGACGACAGCUCAAAACAAUAAAAGCAACCUCUCCAUUUACAAUUCACAAAGUGUUUAUGCCAAUUUCACACGGAACAACUUUGCAUAUAUCCGCCAUGGCCGAAAAUAAUGCAGGCUUUAAAAAGUAUUUUUAUUCCAAUGCAAUUGUAUGGGAUCACACACCACCAAAUUUACAUAUUAAGAAUGUUUCUGUCAGUUAUGUUGACGAAAAUGGCGAUACCUUGACUUUGAUAACCGUUGACUGGAAAUUAGAUGAAAACGAAAGUGAAGUUGCAUACUGCCAAUGUGCCUUUGGGAAUGAGGUAGCCUUACAAAAUCUCCAAAGCUGGGAAAUGUCUAGGGAUUUAUUUUCUUGUCAAUCGAGGUUUAGUAUUCCACAUGGGUCAAACGUAUUUCCUUCGGUGCAAUGUUUUAACAGAGUUGGUUUGCAAAGAGUAUUAAACAGGAAUUUACCCGUGGUUGUCUCAUUUGAUUCUCCUCGACCACUUUCUAAAGAUGUACAUUUUGUUGUAAACAGUGUCAAAGUUCAAAACUCAGUGAACGUUCAACGGAUUUCUACGACACUUUAUAUCCACUGGCCUGUAUUUAGUGACAUUUCAGGAAUAUCAAAAUAUAGUGUCUGUAUAAAGUCCGACAACUUAGUGGUUUAUGAUUGGCAAAGCAUAGGUAGACACAAUUACUUCUCAGCCGACGAAAUAUUGCUCACCACGACCAGGAACUAUACUGUGCUUGUAUCAGGGACUAACGUUGGAGGGAGAACUAGUGACCCCAUAAAUGGUUCAAUAUCUGUUAUAAACGUUGUUCCUGUACAAACCGGAAACUCUUGUUUAGCUAAUGAAACAAUGAAUGGAAACGUUUUGGUAACGUGGACAGAUGUAUUCAGCUUGACCACUGAAAUGGAACCUUAUUACAUUGUUUACCUUGGAUCUGAUGUUGGAUUCUCAGAUCUUCUUCAAAAUUUUAAAACAAGUGACACUGAGUAUUUGUUAUUGACUAAACCAAAACAAGUGUAUGCCGUAAUAACUGCGAAAUAUGCAACCGGUUCUGAAUCAACUUACCGUGAGUUGAUCAACAUAAACAACUUCUAACUAAGAAAGCACCUAAUGUAUACUGUGUGGAGACUUUGUCAUAAGGUACCAAAAAGAAAAUCCCCACGUACAACUUCUAACAUUAAUUUUUUUUUAUUUCGACACAUUAUUAUUAAAUAAAGGUGAAUAAAGUAAUAUAAUGAAUUUAUCUUAUAAUCAAGAGAUAUAUUUUCACAAACCAACAAUUCUAAUAAAAAGAUUGCAUUAAUUCAUUUUUAAGUAAGUUAUAAUCGCGAAUUACAAAGUAACUAUAUGCUACAUUUUAUUAUAAUAGUUUGCAUUUUAAAUCAUGUAACCAUUUCCAAGUGCAUGUAUAGUUUCGAUCUAAUUACCUGAGCGUGAAUGAUUAAUGAAUUUAUUUUUUUAGCCACGAGACAUAUUUUCUUUAAACAGCGAUUUUCGUAAAGCAUUGCUUGAAUUUUUUUUUUAAAUUGCAAAUUACAUCGUUGAAAAGUUACAUUCUCGAAAAGAAUAUAUUUAGAUAUUAAUAAAAAAAUUAGUAAAGCACAAGGCAAUCCCUCUUCCGUCCCAUAUAUGGUAAUACUUUUUUGAAUAUGCAUUCAAUUAAUUUAUUACCCAGUAUUAAUUUUUACAUACCAUAGGUAUUUAUAUAAAAUUUGUGUGUGCAUAUUUUCGUUAUAUACAUAAAUCCAUUUAUAACUCAGUUAUUUUGUACAUAUCAUUUCCCUUUUUAGUGUUUAUCUCAAACUCAGUAAAACAAUGUUGUUAUAGCCUUUGUUUAACCUUUAAGUUAGCCUGUUUUAUAUGAUUAAACAGUUUAA